AUGAUCUUCACAAUCCCCCGCACCACCGCUCUCUCCCUCUCCCUCCUCUCCCUCUACACGUCCACCGCCUCCGCCCUCGGCCUCCACACAGCCGAAUACCACGCGCUCUCCGCGCGCACCGUCUGGGCGCCCCCCAUCACCGCCCCCGACGCGCAGACGGUGUGGCGCGUCGGCGCGCAGGAGACCGUCCGGUGGGACACGUCCGACGCGCCGGCGGAUCCGACGUCGACCAGUGCCACGAUCUAUCUGGGGUAUAUGAACUAUGAUGGGGAGGGCGGGGAGAACCUUGAUACUGAGCAUCCGCUGGCUACGGAUGUCGAUCUUACGAAGGGCGAGUAUACUAUUACCGUUCCGACUGUUCCUCAUAGGGACACCUACAUCGUCGCCCUGGUUGGCGACAGCGGCAAUAUCUCGCCUGAGUUCACCAUCGCCUGA